UCGCUCCAGGUUGUUUCUCUCAGGCUUGAACUAGAGCAUGGACCACUCGUGAUCAUCGCCAGGCCAUAUCGCGAUGUCCUAUUUUCUCUCUCCGCUUCUGAUUCCUAUUUCUUAACCAUUCGAUCGUCAAAAAUAUGGUGGAGAUUCUCGGUCCUGUCUCUGCUCGUCCGCCGACUCCACCAAGGACAUCAUCUUUUAUGCUGUCUGAGAAAGAUCGAAGGGAAGACUCCCCGGCCAUUGUGCAUACGCCUCGUGACUCUCCUUUCUCUGUCAAUGGUUCGACCGGGGCCCCCUCGACCCGUCAAUCCAAGCGCGUGAACUUCUCGCCAUGGACUAAAUAUAUCAAACCUCCGACUUUCACGAAUACCACCGCCAAAUCGCGACCUGAGCUGAAAGUUCUUCCCCCUUCGAACGAACUCAAACCCGCAAAGUCGAUCCUCAAGACGACGAGCUCGCACGCUCUAGCCGAUUCUCCUUCCUCCGCCCCUCCCAUUCCCGACACGUUCGCCAUGCUUCUUGAAUCCAUUCUCCAGCAAUUAGCUGGCGACACAGUCAGCUCCAGACUCGAUGCAUACAUGCAAUUCUUCGGGGCGCUAAGGGCAUAUGAAGGGCUUCCUGGAGAGCAGGAAGUUAUCGCGAAGUUGGGCACAAUUACACAUUUUAUACAACGAGACAUCAGCAGAGACCUGACGACUGGAGGACCUUUGGACACCAAUCUUGUCAUCCAGGCGCUGAAACUGGCUGUUGCUCUUGUUUGGCACAAUGAGAUAUCUGCGCGACUGUCGGACGAGUUCAAGGCAUUCCUUAUCGAUCACUCGAUCGAUUGCCUGCAGGAUGCCAAAGUGCCUAAGUCCGUGAUCACACAUUACUUAUCUGUCUUGGCUACACAAAACUUUCAUACAAAAAUCAUGACCAAUGCCAGGGUGAUACGCCUUCUCACUGUCUUGAACAGUCUGACUAGCCGUGUCAACGGAAAUGCAAUUGUGUCUCAGCGGUUGAGCAUCUACUCUCGUGUUCUCAGUCAAUCGAAAUCGACAUUCGUCUCUCACGCAGCGUUGUGGAUGGAGCAUUUAAUCUCGGGACUACUUCAUCAUAUGAAGGAUACUCGCCUCAAAGCUAUUUCUGUCGGCUUCCAGGCCUCUAUCACGUGUGGGCCCAAUCCAACGCUAUCAAAGGCCGUUCGGGAUGUGUUUGGAAGGUUCAUAGACAAGGGCAGAAAGAUGGUGACUGAAGUAUGCGAGAGAAUGUCACGGAUGAUGAACAAUCCCGAAUCAGGUAUACAUGUACCGCAGGUCUGGGGCGUGAUCGUACUGCUUCUGAGAAGUAAAAAGUUCAACGUUGACCAGUGGGAACAUUUCAAAGAAUGGGUGCUGGUUUUGCAGAGGUGCUUCAAUUGCAGUGACUCUUCAAUCAAAGCUCAGGCUAUCGUGGGUUGGAAUCGAUUUGUUCUGGUCGUUGGCCCGAGCGAUACAACAAGCCCUUCUAUACUCAAGAUGCUGAGCAAACCAAUCAUGUCCCAAUUCGACCGCAAGAAGCACGACAAGCAACCUAGCCAGCUGGCAUUGUGCAGUUAUUACAAUCUGUUGUACUAUGCCUUCCGCCCGUCUGCAACUUUUGAGCACCUGGAUGUUGUUUGGAAAGAGUACAUUGCCUCGCCCUUAUCAACGGUAUUCGCAACAGUGCCCGGCAUGCAUGAUCGAGUCGCUCACGUGCUGUCCAGCAUGUUCUGGAGCUCGCACCCAAGGCCCUGGGUAGAAAACAAAGUCAAUGAGAGCAACAAGCUGGAUCCGGAGGAGUUGCCUUCUAUUGAUAGCAGGUGGCUAAGAUCCAGAAUUUCAUCAGUGCUUGAUGUUCUUGAGAGUAUCUUCAAAGCAACAAUCUGGACAGAUAGCCUUGAACAGUCGCAUGUUGGCGCUGCAUGGCUGAAUUUAUCUAGAGCCUUGGCGUUCACCUUAAACAAAGAGAUUACCCCAACUCCUGAGUCGAUGCAGACCGUGGCUCACGUACUGGUUUUUCUUAGGCGGGUCUGGACUACCGGGCCAGACGCGCUCAGCGCAAAACAAGAGGAUGGCUCCAUGGACACUUUCUUCGAGCGAUUUGGGUUCUUGUCCACUACGAUGAUCCACGCCCUAGGAAGUGCUCGGUUUACAGAGAAGCUUGUUCUGCGGACCUCCGACUACUCGUUCCAAGCUGCUACCACGCCAACCCAUCGCCAUUCGAGAGCAACCGCCAAUCUAAGCACCCCGACCUUGCAUUACCUCCGAAUGAUCAGUGAAAUGUCUGUGAUAACGGUGCCAAGCACGGCGUAUUCUCACUUGGUCAAGAGUGUACUUGAGGCCACGUGCAGUGAUAAAAUUUCUCGAAGCUCGCGCUUAGAAUUACUACAACAAUGUGCCAGUCUCUACGAUGAGUACAGUGACUCCGACUUCCCCUUGGGUCCCUUCUUGGCACAGACCGUCUGGGAGUGUACAGCACAGUCAGCUGCUGAUUCUUUGCGCUCACUUCCAAUGGAGACUGCGCGAGAACGCGAUGGAUCCGUUACCCGAGACUAUGAAAAUGCUGUGAAAGUUCUUUCAACGGGGUUGAAUUACUAUCGCAACUUUCAGGUAUGGAAUGAACUGCUUGACUCCCUGAUACGUGUGGUGAGAACCGAGAGAAGUGACCAAGCAAUCACACUCAUGAUCAUUGAGCCUCUUGCCGAGUCAAUCAUGAAGGGUGGUGCCCGGAGGUCUUACUUGCCGUUGGCAUCUAUUCUCAAGCACUUGCUUUCCAUUACCUAUUACCAACAAUUUGAGAGAGACAACAAUGAGAGCCACUUGCCGUUCCACAAACUGGUUGACCUGGUUGGGCGUACCCUGUUGGAUUCUUAUGAACACUUCGACCCCUCAGAGACGAGCGGUAUGGCGGACUUCAUUGAAUCCUUAACAUCACUCUUGGGCUCAGGUACUUCAACUGUCCGGUCUAUCAUGCUGGAAAGUCUUCAGCUACCCCUGGCUAUUUAUCUGAAAGAUGAGGACAAGCGAAUGAGCGUGGAGAGUGGUGUGGAGAGCAGGAUUCUCACUGCAUGUCGCGCACUCUCUUCGGCUGUUCUGAAUAUCCUACAAGCAUCUUCCCCCCAUAAUGCCUCGUUCCUGCAAAAGUUCGAAGAUAUCAUUCACGCGGGUCUAGAUUCUUCACACAUAUCAGUAAGAAGGAGGUUCUAUGACUUCUGGAAUUCUACCAUCGGUAUGUCAUGUCAUAACGAGCGACAGCCAGCUCAUGCUAACCCUUCGAAGCCUGGAGCUCGGAUGAGUACUUUCGACGAACAGGAAACCAAAAACGGCUCUGGGGACAUGUCCGUAAAGUCACGGAUCUCUUUCAUUCUAGACAAUCCGGUCGACUCGGGCUUGAACUCGUCGCCUGUGACUAGGGGCUCAGACCGUGCAGUCACACGAGAGCGCACAAAAGAACUUGAGCGGGAACGAGCUUUCGAAGCUGACAGUCAGCGUGCCGAGCAACAUGUUGCUGCUUCUCAUCCAGACCCUUUCGUAUCAGGCCCAGAGGACGGUAACAAGCGCAGCGAGUUGUUCUCGAUGAUUGAAAGCCUCAGGUCUUCUUCCCCGCCGAGCAAUACACCUAGAGAUAUCCACUUCAUGACACCGCCGCACUUGCGUCACCUGCAUCACUCGGACACAUAUGCAGGGACCCCGCAAACACCCCCUUUGCCGCCUGUGUCGGCAGAGAACGAAUAUAACUACCUUGGCUCGUCACCGACUCCUAUUUCAAGAGGGAGGGCGCAGUUGAGCGACUCACAUGUGCCACCACCCCCAACAUCUGCCCCAGAAGCCUCUUUGUUGGACAACGAGCCCCGAUCAUCACCUCCAGAACUCACUUCACUUCCCGCAGAUCAUCACUCGCUCACUCCUGGUCCCCAUCCUAGUAACGAGACACCCGUUGAUCUUGAGACACCAACGACCACACCGGGUAAGAGCAAGAAGGCAAAGAAGAAGGCCAGACGCUCUGCCAAGCUCAAGAAGAAGUCAAAUUCUGAGCUCAAUCAGACUGAACACGUCACUCAGGACAAUCCAAACGACGUCGCAGACCAGCCUAUGACUAAACGCCUCCGCUCUUCUACUGGGAAGACCUCUGAUUCUCCUCUGCAAUCCACAACCGAGAAGCAACAUACAGGAGCUGCCACAGAAUCCAGUAAGGAGACACGUCAUACACACUCCACAAGGGCCUCCGCCUCGGCCAACGCCGUCGGUUCGAAGACUGGGCCCGAAGUGGAGAAGGACUUGCCUCAGAAUGUCGAAAUCGUCGAGUCCCAGGCGGAACGACCCAGCGGUAACCCCGGCUUGUGCAACGAUGAUGUUGAUAUGGAAGACCAGGUGUCAUCCCAAUUGGAGCAAGAUCUGGAGCUUGCCGUAGAUAAAGAUGAUGUUGCGGGCGGUGAAGAGUCGAUGGAAGCUUCGCAUGAGCCUCAACUAUCCAGGAAGAGAAAACGUGAGAUGGAAGAGCAGACACCCCAGAGGAAGGAAAGACGGCGCUCGUCUCGACUCACAAAGACGCCCGCUGCGGCUGAGGAAGACGAAGCCGACAACACUCGCUGGAACGAAAUCUUGCUAAACACUCACGACCUUGAGUCGUCGCCUGCCGAGUCUGCACCGAAACGACGGAAACAUGACACCAGGGCUGAGGCCUCCAGCACGACUAGAUCGGUCGCUAACAGUCAAGCAUCAGAACCUGUCAGCUCGAAGGACAAGCCUUCAGAGAGUCAAGACAAGUCUCAGAAGAGAAGAUCUUCUCGCCUAAGUGGUCAAGCUGCGCCGCCUAUAUCCGAGGAGAGCCCUGUGCUUCAAAAGAAGUCGAAGAAAUCACCUCGGCCUUCUCGUCCACGCAAGCAGGACAAUGAUAUAAACACGGAAACUAUACAUGAGGAGAGUGAUUCCCAGGAGACUACGGCAGAAGACCAGCCAAAGCAGCCAGCGCGUGAGAAGGCGUCCGAUCAUCUGGACGAUGUUCAGAAUGCACUAGAUGCUACGGCGGUUCCCGAGGUAGACCCGGAAACACACAAGUCUGAGGAGUCGGUACAACCUGCGUUCGAAGCUCAGGAGGAAGUCGCUUCGACGACCCGACCCGUGCCUGUCGAGAAUCUGCAGCCCUCGGCAGACAACGACAUCCAGAUGACCGAUGCGCACCCGACCGCAGAAACCGCUCCCCAGUCGCAGAAGACACCAUCUUUCAGCAGGGAGAAGCACUCGGAGAAGAAAAAGAAGAAAACCCGCGCCUCAUCCCGCGCUGCCCCUACUCAAGCAGAAACCGAGGCCCCAGCCGAACCUGUCCUGGUCAAGUCCGAGGCGGAAAUCGCAAACUCCCUCCGCAGGGUCCUUGACGACGUCAAAUUGGCCAAGCUGGACAGGCAAUCUCUCAAGGAGAUUGACGACCUGUUGUUCGAUAUUCGGGUGGAGACACAUGAGGCAAUGCGGAGGAAUACGGGUUAGGAAGGUUGAACUUUUCUUCUUUUUUUUUGCAUAGCGAAGGC